AUGAGUGCAGAAGCUGCUGACCGGGUAGCUGCUGCUGCCAGCAGUCGGCCCAGCACGCCUAUUCAGACGUCUUGGUUUGAGUUCCUCCUGGAUGGUUCCCUGCUGGAGAAACACCUGCAGAAGCCAGACUCAGACCCAGCACCAGUGCAGCUGAUUGUCCAGUUCCUGGAACAGGCAUCCAAGCCCUCUGUGAACGAGCAGAAUCAAGUGCAGCCUCCAGCCGACAAUCGCAGGAACCAUACCCUGAAGCUACUGGCGCUGAAGGUUGCUGCCCACCUGAAGUGGGAUCUGGACGUGCUUGAGAAAGGCCUGACAAUUCCUGUGUUGAAUAUGUUGCUGAAUGAGCUCCUGUGUGUGAGCAAAGUUCCAGCGGGGGUGAAACACGUAGAUUUGGACCUGUCCACUUUGCCUCCAACCACUGCUAUGGCUGUAAUCAUCUACAACCGCUGGGCCAUCAGAGCUAUUGUGCUGAGCAGCUUCCCAGAGAAACAAACCAAACCAGGUCCCCAUCAGAUGAACAUGUUAAAUGCUGUGCAGCAGGAGAAAGAAAUGACAGAGAACAUACUGACUGUGCUGAAGGAGCAGGCGGAUGACUCCAUCAGCAUCCUGGAAGGAGCUCUGCGGCUGAAGAAGGACUUCUACGUUCACACCUUGAGGACUCUGGACCUGCUGGCUGCUGAGACCGCGGCGAACGGAGAGACCGAGUCCUCCACAGCAGGACUUCGGAUCAGUGCCGAUGAGCUGCACUGUCAGGUGCAUUAUGAUUUGGGAGCCAUUUUCUUCCAGCAUGGCUGCACUGACCAGCCAGCGUACGAGAAGUCUAAGGUCCAUUUCAGACAGACAAACGAGCUGGUAAAGAAGCUGCACUCGACUGUCCACGUUCACCUGGAUGAGAAGCGUCUGGCCGGUUACUUGAAUGCGUGCAAAGCUUUGACUGGAGACUGUGGCCUCUCUGACCCCCUGAUCUCACCUUACGAACAGAUCAAUGCUUUAAUUCGGUCGCACAACUACCAGGCUGUAAUUGAAGCUUUCAUCAAAGACAACGUGUCUCGCAGUUUGCCGAACCACUUCAGACGUUCCGUUCUCAGGGAGAUUGUUUACAAAGUGCAGCAAGGGGAAACUGGUCUGGAUGACGUCUGCCACAAGCUGUGUGUUUGCAAUGCUGUGCGAGAUGCUCUGGAAGGAGAAGUCCUCAGUGUGCGCUUCCAGCAGCUGCUCCUCAAGCCCAGUAAACCAACAGUGGACUUCAUUCUGGAGGUGUGCACACGAUCACUGGAUUCUCCAUCCAGAAAAAACAUGGCCCUGUUCAUAAAGACUCUGUGUGAAAGGUUGGAAGAUCUGUCUCUGGUGUUCAUGCUCUCCUCUCAUAAGCUCUUUAUGGAGCUGCUGGAGGAGGAGGAGAAGAAGGUCCUGGUGGAGCAGAUGAGGAAGAGAUCGGCCACCAUCAACCUCAGUGCCAAACCUCUCCCUUCCUUCUAUGAUAUUCCAGCGUCAGCUAGCGUGAACAUCGGGCAGCUGGAGCAGCAGCUCAUCCUCUCGCUGGAGCCACGCCGGAUCAGGCAGAUCCUGAUCGAACUCCACGGCAUGGCUGAACGGCCUUUCUGGAGAGUCAACAGUAAGUGGGAGGUUCCACCAGAUUACAUAAACGUGAUCCUCGGCAUUAAAGACAACCUGACUAAGGACUUGGUGUACAUUCUGAUGGCCAAAGGGCUCCACUGCAUCUCAGUAAAAGAUUUUAAUCACGCACGACAGCUUUUCUCCACCUGCCUGGAACUGGUCACUGAGUUCUCCCCAAAGCUCAGGCAGGUGAUGCUUAAUGAGAUGCUGCUGCUGGAGGUCCGAGCCCAUGAGACAAUGGCAGCCGAAGGCAGCAAGGAGCGACCGCCCCCUGACCUGGUCAGCAGGGUCAGAGGUUACCUGGAGAUGAGAAUUCAUGAUGUGCCUCUGCGUCAGGUGGUUGGGGAGGAGUGUGUCGCCUUCAUGUUGAACUGGAGGGAGAAUGACUACCUGACUCUUCAGGUUCCACCCUCACUGGUCAUGAACAACCCAUACAUCAAGCUGGGUCAGCUGCUGGCGUCCACCUGCAAAGAGCUUCCUGGUCCUAAAGAGAGCCGGCGCACAGCCAAAGAGCUGUGGGACGUGGUGGUUCAGAUCUGCAGCGUGUCAGUCCAGCACAAGAGGAACAGCGACGGCCGAGUGGGUCUGAUUAAACAGAGAGAGUCCACCAUGGGCAUCUUGCACAGGAGCAAAUUCAUCACUUUCAUCAAGAAACUUCGUGAGCCGCUGGUGCUGACGACUCUGAUCUCACUGUUUGUGAGGCUCCACAGCAUCGUGCGGGAUGACAUUGUGAAUGAAGUGACAGCAGAGCAUCUGUCCAUCUGGCCCUCUUCCCUCCCAAACAUUCAGGCUGUGGAUGUGGAGGCCGUGGCUGUAACAGUCAAAGAACUGGUGUCCUACGCGCUCACCUUCAACCCCAACAACCAGUCGUGGCUCAUCACUCAGGCUGAUAUCUACUUUGUGAUCAACCAGUACUCUGCUGCACUCAACUUCUACCUGCAGGCUGGAGCCGUCUGCUCCGACUUCUUCACCAAAGCUGUGCCGCCUGAUAUCUACUCCGACCAGGUUCUGAAGCGGAUGAUAAAGUGCUGUUCGAUGAUGAACUGCCACACACAGGUUGCUGUUUUGUGCCAGUUUUUGCGAGAGGUUGAUUACAUGACAGCCUUUAAAGCUCUACAGGAACAGAACAGUCACGACGCCAUGGACUCACUGUACGACUACAUCUGGGACAUCACCAUUUUGGAAUAUCUCACAUAUAUUCACCACAAACGGGGGGAAACUGAGAAGAGACAAAUUGCGAUCCAAGCUAUCGGACAGACGGAGCUGAACACCAGCAACCCGGAGGAGGUUCUUCAGCUGGCUGCCCAGAAAAGGAAGAAGAGGUUUCUGCAAGCCAUGGCCAAGUUGUACUUCUAGUCCAUGUGGAAGACGAAGCUUCUCCUGUUAAACAUCCCAACAGCUGUACAUUCAUAUUUCAUUCUCAUUUUUACAGCAGCAUAUGAAAAACAGUUUGCAGUAACUGUAGAAGAUGACACUGUUCUGCCUUCAGAGUUCCAUGGAUUGUCACAUUCACGGUCGUUAUUCUUUCAGUGUUUUUAUGUCUCCGCACAGCGUACGCCCAAUAAAGAUACUCGCUCAUUUCUGCAUUUUAACCCAAUUAAAGCCUCCAGUCAUCAGUUUCAGGAUGCUUGCUUCUCACCAUCACCCCCCUGUUUUUUUCUUUGUCUUUGUUUCUUAGUUUUUGCUCUUCAUAGUCUCAGGAAUGAAUGUUUGAAUCUUCCAGAGAGACUGAUCCAGACUGCAGUCAUGACAGCAAAA